UAAUUAAAAUCAGAAUUAUAAGAAGAUUUUUUUGGAAAGGGACAAUUUUUAUUCUGGACACAAAAACUUCUGAAACCGUGAUACUUUUGGAAUCGUUCAGUGCAUGCAACUGGUGUUAUAGUUUCUGUCUUCUCUGGUCACACUUUCGAUGCACUUUCUAAUCAACUUUUCGUAUAGAUAAACCCAAUCAAAACAGAUUAUAGCUUUCCAGCUCUUUUAAACUCGUUUAACACAUGGAACUCACCUGGGAGAUAGUUCUAUGCUUGGGCAUCGCGGUGCUGGUUCACAUUCUUGUCUUUCUGUUCGUCAUGGCCAAGAAACCAAAGAGCAUUGUGGGUCGUCAUGUGGUGGUCACCGGCGGCUCCAAGGGAAUCGGACUCUGCUUAGCAGUGGAGUGUGCCAUGAAGGGUGCCAAUGUGACGGUAAUAGCGCGCGACGAAAAAAUGUUGAGCGGAGCUGUGGCUCUUAUGGAAGUGAUACGCCAGAGACCUGACCAAAAGUUUCAAUACAAGAGCCUGGACAUUAGCGGCGACUACGAGCAGGUGUCCCGAGUUCUGGGCGAGAUUGAGGACACCUUCGGUCCCAUUUACACCCUAAUCAAUUGUGCCGGGAUGGCCAUUUGCGGGGUUUUCGAGGAGGUAUCCGUUCAGGAUGUUCACAAGCUUAUGAACGUCAAUUUUUUCGGCACAUACAACUGCACCCGAUAUGUCCUGCCCAAGAUGAAGAAGGCGGGGGAGGGUAUCAUUGUAAUCACCGCUUCGCAGGCCGCUAUGUUCGGCAUCUAUGGCUAUGGUCCUUAUUCGUGCACAAAAUACGCCCUGCGAGCUAUGGCAGAGACGAUAGCAAUGGAGUCUCGACAGCAUGGAGUCAGUGUCACACUGGCCAUGCCCUGCGACACAAAUACGCCCGGUUUCGAGGAGGAGGAGAAGUCGAAGCCACGCGAAACCAAAAUAAUUUCGGGCGGCGGAGGACUCGUAGAGCCUGAGGUGAUGGCCAAGGCAAUACUUAGGGAUGCAUUGAAGGGCAACUUCACAUCUACGCUGGGAGCUGAAAGCUGGCUAAUAACAACCUUGGGCGGUGGUCUGCUACCUUGGGAUGGCUUCUUUACCAAUCUUCUACAUGCCCUUGUCUUGGGACCCCUGAGAUUAUUUAGCUAUGGGCUGCACAAGUACUUUAAUAGCGUGAUAAGAAAGUGCGCUCGAGAAGAUCGCGCCAAGGCUAAAUCUGAGGUGGAAACAAAGUGAGGACUUUGACUCUCUCUGCCUUUUACACUAAGUACACUAAGUUGCAUUUUCAUUUGUCGUUCCACCAAAAAUAUCCCACUUGUUAUUCCAAAUAUUCUGCAUUUAAAUGCUAUUUUAUAUAUUUAAUGUAUGUUUUUUGCAAUUGUUGCCGGCAAGCUUAACGUUUGACCCAUAUAUCUAAUAGUAUACAUUCGGCACGCUUAAACUAUUGGUUUCGUGCUUCAUUUGAAUAAAUCAAAACAAAUACCUACAA